CAAAGUGUUUUUUUUAUCUUAUUUUAUUUUUAUGUAUCUAUAUAUUUUCACAAUGUAGUGCCUGCUCACCUACUGCAAUGGAGUGAGCUUAAGCCAUAACCAGUCCGUACGCCAUUCCUUUUGUAACCGUCAAUAUACAAAAAGAACCCAAUGUUUUUUUUUUUUUUUGAAAGAGAAAAUCGUUGAAAUAAAGAUAGCCAAAUCAACCAAAAGAACAAUCGUCUACUGAAAAGGAAGCGUUUUUUUUUUUUUUGGUUUGUUUGUCCGGUGAGCUUUCUGUAUCUGUUUCGUGUGAAAAUAUUCUCUCGUAAUAAAAGUUUGAUUCUUUGUUUGUUCCCUUUCUCUUUUGUGUGUGUAUGUGAAGAUGGUUGAAACGGGUGAGAAGAAGGAGAAGAAGAAGAUGAUGAAUCAAGUUUCCCCUUCUCCUUCAAGCUCUUUCUCAAAUGGGUUUUCUUCACAUGAAGAAAGUUCGUCAUUUGAAGACCAACAACAACAACAACUGCCCGAGUUUCAUGAUUAUAGACUCUGGUUGGAUUCUACCUCUUUACCCGAUUUUCAUUUCAGAAAUACGAACGUGAAUGAAGAAAGAUCGGUCGAGGAUGGUCUUGAUUUGUGCGAUAAUCUAUAUCAAAUGCAUAUUAGAAAUGAAGAGAUAGAUAGUGACGGUUCUGCUGAAAUGAGGAGAUCUGAGAGCGACCCAAAUGGUUUUGGCCUUGGUUUGGGUGAUGUUUAUUCUUAUAAUGCUGGAAAAUAUACUUCAUAUGAAGGUUUUAGCAAAGGGUUUCAAUCUUCUCCACUACAAGUUUCAAUGUAUUUUGAUGGUAAUGAUGUCAUGAGGUCCACAUUGCUUGGUUUGCAGGGAGGAAACGAAAAGGGUGAUUCGUUGGGGCCUCAGAACAUUGCUUAUAAUCAUUCCAAUGAUUUGGCUUCAAAAUGGAGUUGGCAUAAUAACCAAAGAAACUAUCAUUUGGAGCAGAGAAUGGAACAGUGCAGGAGUUUUGAUAAUAGGGGUAUUCCAUUACAGAAUACCUAUUAUCCUUUUGUUUUCUCAAAGCAAAGUGGGAUGGAUGGUAAUGGAGGUAGAGGUGUCAUUGAUUCUUUGAGUGAUCCUAGGUUCAUGCACACUAAAAUUCCUCUUGUGGAGGAUCGCAGUGUCAUCAUUCAAGGAAGAGAUUUGAAGUAUGGUAUUCAGAACUUGGGCCACGAUUCAUUCAAGCGUCAUAAGAAAAAAUCUUUCAAAAACCUUCUAGAGAAAAGCUCUAAACUUGAUAAAAAUCAUGGAGAAAAUGUAAGACUAAUGCCAACUCCAUAUUCCCUGGCUGAGUUCCGAGGAUGUAUUAAUUACAUGGCUAAGGACCAGAAUCAUUGUCGCUUCUUGCAAAGGAUAUUUGAUGAAGGAAGCUGUUUAGAUGUUCAAAUAAUAUUCAAUGAAAUUAUUGAUAAUAUUGUGGAACUUAUGAUGGAUCCCUUUGGAAACUACCUUGUGCAAAAGUUGCUGGAUGUAUGUACUGAAGAACAAAGACUGCAGAUUGUUCACAUGGUCACAAAAGAAUCAGGACAGCUAGUGAGGAUUUCCUUAAACACAUAUGGUACUCGUGUAGUACAGAAGUUGAUUGAGACUCUCAAAUCCAGAGAAGAAGUUUCUCUUAUCAAGUCAGCUCUUAAACCUGGAAUUCUUGAUCUUAUCAAGGAUCUCAAUGGAAAUCAUGUUUUGCAGCGCUUCUUGCAAUGCCUUGGUAAUGAAGAUAAUAAGAUUAUUUUUGAUGCUGCUGCACAAUUUUGCGUAGAUAUUGCCACUCAUCGUCAUGGAUGCUGUGUGUUGCAACGCUGCAUUGCUCAUUCAAAUGGGCAACAUCGAUAUAACCUAAUUACCCAAAUUUCCCGAAAUGGACUUCUACUUGCUCAAGAUCCUUUUGGAAACUAUGUUGUUCAGUACAUUAUAGAGCUAAAGGUUCGCUCUGCUGUUGACAACUUACUUUCUCAGUUCAAAGGGCACUAUGUUCACCUCUCAAUGCAGAAAUUUAGCAGUCAUGUUGUCGAAAAAUGCCUCAAGUAUUUUGCAGAAAGCCGGUCGCAAAUCAUCCAUGAGUUGAUCUCUGUCGUACACUUUGAACAAUUAUUGCAAGACCCAUUUGCCAACUAUGUCAUUCAAUCUGCCUUAGCAGUAACUAAGGGUUCCCUUCAUGCUUCUCUAGUUGGAGCUGUCCGUCCCCACAUGAUCUUGCGUACCAGCCCAUAUUGCAAGAGAAUAUUCUCUAGGAACCUCCUGAAAAAGUGAUGGAGUCACUCUGCCGCUGUUGUCGUGCUUCCAAAUUUGCUAGCUGUUCACUACAAAGUAGUCAGUGUCCUUGGGUUACUAGAUAAUAUAAUGUACAUGAAAUUCUGGUGCCUGCUGUCGUGGUGGAAGGCUUUGCAGCAUCAGCGGAUUACCUUUGAGAGUCUUAAGGAUGUAGAAGAAAAUUUUGCUUCUAGUUUGUUCAUUAUGUAGUUUCAACUUGUAUUAUUUUGUUGUCUUUUUUAACCAAACUUGGGAUGUCUGAUAUUUUGUCACGUUUAAGAUUUGACUUUCGGGUAUGCUUAGGAAUAUUGCAAAUCAGAUUUCUAAAUUUCUCUUUGGGUUUUGCAUAUUUUCUUCUCGAAUAUGGAGAUUCUUGAAAAGCAUUAUUGCAUGAUCCUA